AUGGACAGCAGAAUAUCGGCAGUGCAGGGUAUGGCAGUGGAGGAUGAUGGGAGGGCGAGUAGUGUGUACUCGGAGUCUUCAGAUCAUCGGCAAACACACCUGGAUUCACGCAAUGGCUCGCGGAAUGGGAGUCGGCAUGCGAGCUAUACGCCAUCGUACAUGUCCAACAUCGCAGCGAAAUCCACCGAAGCGCUCACGAUACGGACGACGCAAAGUCGAGAAGGUGGAAGCAGACCCAUUCCACCAUCGCCGUUGAACAGCACCACCCCACAAGUCGUCGAUACCCCCUCGAUACCGCCACCAUCUCCCAGUGGACCUCCAGGUCUAUUGCUUGUCCUCAUAGCCAAUACCGUCCAUCCUUCGACCAUCUUCUACCUCGAAAUGCUCUUGAAUCGACAAACCUUCUCUGGCAUCUUGUUUGUAGCGAGCAAAUCGCAAGAGGCGGCACUGAAGCAGCUCAAGAUGGACGUUUAUGCGCUUAUUGGAAGACUGAGGCAAGAGCUUGUCGUGGCAGUGCACAUGAAGCAUGAAUGGAACCAGGUCGAGAUGGAGACCUUCGCGGCAGAGGCGACGAAGCAUGGCGAUGGAUUACAGGGUGUGAUAUGCUGUCCUGAGUUCGACGAGACGGGCACCGCAGAUGUGGAUGUUCUUACUUUGGGAGGGGAUCAGCUGGAACGGUCUUGGAACCAGAGCGUCUCGUUCCUCCAUGCUGCGAUCAAGGCUACGGCAAUUCAUCUCUUGACGAGGUGCAAGCCGGUCAACCCAGCUUCAAAUGGACUUUCUGCACGAACACGGCGUGGACCAUUCUUUCUGGUUGCUGGAUCGACGACAUAUACGUCAGCUUCGAAAAUCACCAAAUCGGCAUGCGAUACCCUCGUGCUUCAGCUGGAACGAGCCACCCAAGCGAAAGGUCUCACCGUGGGCUUCGCAGAGGCUCUGCUCAUCCCAGAACCGAGUCGAGAGCCGCCUCCAAAGCCCGGCGACGAAUUGCCCGUCGAGACCGAGACGUACGAUGCUGGGCAUGAGGACUACGAGUUUGUGCCUUCUGAGAGCCCUACGAAGUUGUGGAGUUCGUGGGCUUUGCAUAAUGAUUUGGGGUUCGUUGAGGAUUGA